AUUUUUUAAAAAUUUUAAACGAAAAUAAUUGCAAUUUUUAUUAUUCGAACCGAGUCACGCCUGAAUUAAUUCGAAUAAUCGAGGUUGCACUGUAAAUGCAAAUAAUUCGACACUAUUUUUAAUGUUCGUUUGUUUGUUCAAAUGUAAUAGAAUUUCGUGAUUGAGUCAAAUAUGCGUAAUUGUGAAAGCCCCUCUUUACGUGCUUAUACGAGAGUGGAGAGAAUAUUCAAGAGUAUUUGGAAACUAAUCUGACCAUGAAAUUAAGAAAAACAUCUGUAAAGAUUGUCAAAAUUUUUCUAAGAUCAAGGUUUAAAGUUUCAUAACCAGUUCAAUGUCAGUCGACGUACAUAUUUAAUAAAAAAAUAAGAAAAAAAUACAGUCUGUACGAUAGUCUUCUAAAAGUAACAUCUAAGAGAGAAUAGUCUGCAAAAAAAAUUGUUUCCUAAAUUUUCAUUGUUUUUCGCUAAGAUUAUUUGGAAAUUAUUGUUUUUCUAAAAAGACAGCCAUUGUUGGUUGUUUAGCAUAUAGAGAAAAAAAAUUUAUUUAUUAAAAUUAUUUUUUAAAAUUUAUUUAAGAAUAAUAUUAUUAUUGAAUAAAUAUUAUUAUAUUAUUUAAGAAUAAUAUUCUCGAUAAACGAAAUGUUAAAUCAAAUCUUAUUAUUGCUCUGCUUAUUAAGCCCGACGGUAUUAAAUUCACAACCACUAGUGCAAACAUCUCAAGGAAUUCUUCUUGGAACAACAGAAAUAUCCAGAAAUGGUAGAGAUUAUUCCGCAUUUCUUGGUGUUCCAUACGGACAACCUCCGGUUGGAAUUUUAAGGUUCCAAAAUCCUUUACCAGCAGCAAAAUGGAAAGGAAUACGAAGAGCAAAAUCAUUUGGAAGUGCAUGUGUACACAGAAUAUUUGGAAGAACAUUUGGAAAGGAAGACUGUUUAUUUCUAAACAUUUACACCCCAAUUACUGAAUUUCAACAAAUGUACUCAAACACAUCUAACGAAAAUUUAUUACCAGUAAUGGUAUACAUACAUGGGGGAUCAUUCUUCUUUGGAUCUGGCAAUGAUUACAAAGCCAAUUACCUUUUGGACAAGAAUAUCGUUUUUGUAACGGUCAAUUAUAGAUUGGGAAUUUUUGGUUUCUUAUCCACUGGCGAUUCAGCAGCUUCAGGCAAUUACGGAAUGAAGGAUCAAGUUCUGGCUUUAAAAUGGAUUCAAAAGAAUAUUAAAUUUUUCGGUGGCGAUCCAAAUCGUGUUACAAUUUUUGGUCUAAGCUCGGGAGCUUCAUGUGUUCACCUUCUUGCUCUUAGCAAAGCAAGCAAUGGUCUUUUUCAACAAUAUAUUAUGAAAAGUGGUACAGCACUACCAGCCUGGUCCUAUCGAGACAGUAGAGAAAUUUAUCAAACUGUUAAAAAAGUUGCUAAAUUUGUCGACUGUCCCACAACAUCAACAAAAAAUCUAAUCAACUGUUUUCGAAAUAAAGAUCCAGAAACUCUACUAUUUUGGUGCGAUAUAGUUGGAAUAUUUAUUCAUGUUGCCGAAAUGGCAUGGGUACCAACAAACGAACCAAAAAACGAGCCAAACGCAUUUUUAACCGACACUCCACAAAAUUUAAUGAAAGAAAUGAAAGAUUUACCGUUCAUUAGUGGCGUUGUUGGUAACGAAGCAGUUUUUAUUACAAAUGUUUUCUACGCAAUUGAUCCUGCCUACAAUAUUAUGAGCAAAUUUAUGAAAAAAUUAUUUAUCGAUGAUGCCGUUUAUAUAAGAGGGGCAAACAAAAAUUUUCCAGCUAAUUUAGAUAAGUUCUAUUUUAAUAGCUCACAUCAAUCUAUCAAAAAGCGACAGGAUUUGGACACUUACACAAACAUAAUUACAGACGGAAUUUUCUUUUAUCCAGAAAUGAAAAUGUUGGAUCAAAUAGCUCCUAGAAUGAAAAAUCCUACCUAUUUUUAUCAUUUUAUAUAUCGUGGUGAAACUUCAAUUCUUUCUAAUUUAAUAUCUAAUGAAAACUUUGGCGCUGGUCAUGGUGGUGACUUAAUAUUUUAUUUCCCAUUAACUUAUUUGGUAGUUAAUAGAACAGAUAUACAUUUUACUGAUGAAGAACGAAUGAUAAGUAAAUUAAUGGUUGACCUGUGGACAUCAUUUGCCACCAAUGGAAAACCAACAUCAAAAUAUUUGAAUCCACCAAAUUUAUGGAAACCCUACAACAGCAAAAAAAAUCCCUAUUUACAAAUUGGCGAAGAAAGUGACAAUAGGAAACCAUCAGUAAAACUAACAAACAACUUUUUACCAGAAAGAAUGAAUUUUUGGAGAGAACAUUUUUAA